UUCUUGUGACGCUAUCAUUACACCCAGUCCCAACGUAAAAUCCAGGAAAAAUACAGUGAAGCACUGUCCAGACACAAAAGGAGCACUUUUCAGAUUAGGGUUCUAAUGACCGCACAUUUAUUAAUAAUCACCCACCCUGAAUCAUAGCAAUAAUUAUUUCUCCUCGCUGAGUUAUUGAAGUAGUGAAGCUGCGAAGAAAUUGUGGCUCUUUGAAAAUUUUAGUACAUGGCAGUGAAGGAACAAACAAUUAUUGACGGUUCAUCUGCGGAUGAAACUAAGGAAGAAGAAGAAGAUUUUAGAAGCUGUUGCGGGGAUGAGGACGAAGUGGAGGAUACAGAAGAACCCACAAAGGCAGAUUUGAAGGACGAUCUCGAUGAUUAUUCUGUAAAGAUGUAUUUCAAGGGUGUGUCUAUAGCAGGUCCUGGAGAUUCUGGUUCUAGGCUUUCUGGAAUUGGGGUGGUUAUGGAGAGGUCAUGUAAUUUUUCUCCAAUUCGAGUGCAGAAGAAGCUCGAUUUCUAUGUGGAAGAAUCAGUGGCAGAUUAUUUAGCUUUGCUGGAUGGUUUAUCAGAGGCUGCAGAAAACAAUAUUAGGCGGGUUUUCGCCUUUACUGAGUCUGAUAUCCUAUAUUAUCAAAUUACAAAAGAUGAGGAACUCGAAAAUCCACUUCUUGCAGCAUUGAGGCUAAGGAUCCUAGAACAAACUAGUAAUAUGGAAACCUUUGUUCUAAAAUUUGUCCGAAGCACUGAAAUUCUGAAUGCUUUGCAGUUAGCUAAAGUGGCGGUUGGAAUAGUCUCUAUUCCCGCCAAGGGAGAUAAAUUGACUGAAAUUUGUUCAAUCUGUUCUGAGGAAAGGUUUGCAUCAAUGAUGAUCACGAUCAAGUGUUCACAUAAAUUUUGUUCCGACUGCAUGAAAACUUACGUCAAGGAGAAAAUGCAAUAUACUUGUGUUCCCAUUAGAUGCCCUCAAUUGAGUUGCAAAUACUGUAUUUCCACCGCUGAGUUUAGGUCUUUUCUUCCUGUCACCUCUUAUGAAUCUUUGGAGAGGUCCCUUAAAGAAGCAAAUAUCCUUGACAAGAUUUGCUGUCCGUAUCCUAAUUGCUCAGUUAUGCUUGAUCCUCAUGAAUGCUUGUUGACUCGGACAAGUUCAUCAAGCCAGACAGACAAUGGCUGCAUGGAGUGUCCUGUUUGUAGGGGAUUUAUAUGCAUGGAUUGUGGGGUUCCUUGGCAUACUUCUAUGACCUGUGAAGAAUAUCAAAAUCUCCCAUUCGAGGAGAGAGAAGCUUGUUACACGAGUUUGGUACAGAAUAAAGGUUGGAGACGUUGCCAGCAUUGCCACAGGAUGAUUGAACUAAAUUAUGGUUGCUACCACAUCAGAUGUCGGUGUGGGCACGAGUUCUGUUAUUCUUGUGGUACGGAAUACAGAAAUGGCCAACAGACGUGUGAAUGCACAUUUUGGAAUGAAGAUUAUUCUAAUGAAUCGGCAAAUUAUCCUAUCCAAGAUUUUGAACAAUGGGCAUGGGAUUCAUUUGAGUCACUGCCGAUGAUGAUGGAUGCUUAUUCAGAUCAAGAAAAAUCACAGCUGGCACUGAUCCAGAGGUUCCUUGCAGGGGCAUUCAGUUUGACUGAUCAUCAACCUCAACAAUCCCCACCUCCUUGUACAGAUUCCUAUGUUGAUGCCAUGAAGGAUCUGCAUCAGCUACCUUGGCUCGAAAGAUUUGUGUCUGUUAUGAGUGAUAAUUAUUAUGAUGACUACAUCCAAUGAGGUCGAUUACCAUUUCUAAUAUGUUUGAUUUAUGGGGUAGAGAGUUUCUUGCUCUCCCGCUGUUUAAACAUGUGUGAAUAGGUCCUUUUUCAUUCAAUUCUUGUAUUCCUUGCGCUCAAUACUUAUGAGCAUAAAUUUCUUUGUGCAAGGAUUAUGAGUUUAUACAUUAUAUAGCUGCCUUCUUGCAGAAGGAAGAUGGAAGUACUAAAGGAAAACAAAAGGAUAAAUGAUUUUGACAAUCUACAAGGCAAUGAAGCAAAUUGGUUUGUAUGUUGUCUAUA